CCGCGCAGGUUCCGGAAGAGCUCGGCGAGCCGGGCGUGCAGUACAGCCGCGGGCUGCUGUGGCCGCUGAGGCCAAGUGCUUUGUUCCCGGCUCCUUGUUGCCCCUGCGCGCGCAGAGAGACCGAAGUCCUGGUGUCGCGCGCGCCGGGUGCCGCGAGAGCUGAGCACCCGGUGCGAUCGCUGCAGCCGCAGCUCGGGAGCUCGUGCGCCCUGCGUAGCUUGGGGCGGUCCCACGCAGCUGCGGCUCCCGUGCGGUCCCUACGAGGCGGUCGCCCCGAGACUGCCUAGGCGGUGCGAUGCUGGGCCCGCCCGGGAGCCCGGGAAGGGAAAGCGGAAGCCGCGAGCCGGGUCGGUGACCGCGAGGACUCGGUGCCUCUCCACGGCUGCCGGCAGCACCCGCGCCUGUUCUCGGCUGUCAGUCCCGCGGCACCCGGCGCGCCGUAACCAUGGCCAUCGCUCACCUGGCCACGGAGUACGUGUUCUCGGACUUCUUGUUGAAGGAGCCCACUGAGCCCAAAUUCAAGGGGCUGCGACUGGAGCUAGCGGUGGAUAAAAUGGUCACAUGCAUCGCCGUGGGUCUGCCUCUGCUGCUCAUCUCGCUGGCCUUCGCUCAGGAGAUCUCCAUCGGUACCCAGAUAAGCUGCUUCUCCCCAAGCUCUUUCUCCUGGCGACAGGCUUCCUUUGUGGAUUCAUACUGUUGGGCGGCUGUACAGCAAAAGAGCUCCCUGCAGAGUGAGUCUGGAAACCUCCCACUGUGGCUGCACAAGUUCUUCCCCUACAUCCUGCUGCUGUUCGCCAUACUUCUGUACCUGCCCACGCUGUUCUGGCGCUUCGCGGCAGCCCCGCAUCUCUGCUCAGAUCUUAAGUUCAUCAUGGAAGAGCUCGACAAAGUCUACAACCGUGCCAUCAAGGCUGCCAAGAGCGCCCGGGACUUGGACCUGAGAGAUGGACCUGGACCGCCAGGCGUGAAUGAGAAUGUGGGGCAAAGUCUGUGGGAGAUAUCUGAAAGUCACUUCAAGUACCCAAUCGUGGAGCAGUACUUGAAGACGAAGAAGAACUCUAGUCAUUUAAUCACGAAGUACAUUAGCUGCCGACUGGUGACCUUGGCCGUCAUACUGCUGGCGUGUGUCUACUUGAGCUAUUACUUCAGCCUGUCCUCACUUUCAGACGAGUUUCUGUGCAACAUCAAAUCGGGCAUCCUGAGCAAUGACAGCACCAUUCCCGAUCGCCUUCAGUGCAAGCUCAUCGCCGUCGGCAUCUUCCAGCUGCUCAGCUUCAUUAACCUCAUAGUGUACGCUCUGCUGGCCCCUGUGGUCAUCUACACUCUGUUCGUCCCGUUCCGGCAGAAGACAGAUGUUCUCAAGGUCUACGAAAUCCUGCCCACUUUUGAUGUUCUGCAUUUCAAGUCCGAAGGCUACAACGACUUGAGCCUCUACAACCUCUUUCUGGAAGAGAACAUAAGUGAGCUCAAAUCAUACAAGUGUCUUAAGGUGCUGGAGAACAUUAAAAGCAAUGGGCAGGGCAUCGAUCCCAUGCUCCUCCUGACCAACCUAGGCAUGAUCAAGAUGGAUGUCUUUGAUGGAAAGUCCCCCAUGUCCGCAGAGAUCAAGGGAGAGGACCAGGGGAACCGGAUGACGGAGUUCAAAGAUUUGGACCUGAGCAGCGACACUACAACCAAUAACGGAGAGAAGAACUCUCGACAGAGGCUUCUAAACGCAUCUUGCUGAUGGUUUCGUUCUUGAGUUUCAAGUCCGUGGUUUCUGCGGCCGAAGCCCCGCUGUUGGGCCUGUAGCUCGUUUGCGUUUGCGGUAAAGUGUCUUUGUUAGUGAUGUGGCGUGUGUCUUACCAGUCCCUGAUAGACACAAUGGCCAAAGUGUCGUCUGUCACUGUGAUAGACGAGUGUCGUGGAAGAAAGGAUUAGGACUGUCCCACAAGACGAAAUAUGGAAAUGAGUAAUGGGCUCUGUCUGAGGUCCUCAUCAAAGGGCUGUUAAGAGCAUAGAGCCUUCUAAAGCCUUCUAGAGCCUUGAAGAAACGCCGUUCUGGACUGACAUGUUGCGAGACCUGGAGCUUCCGGAGAGCAAGCACUUUGGGAGAUGUCUUGUUUUAUGAGAUAAUAAUAAACAUGGCAGGAUAUAAUUUAAUAAUGCCCUCUGUGUGCUCUUACUGACCGCUGAAGAAGAAAAGCAUUCACUGGCCCUACCAACAACCUUGGCCUAUGCAUAGCAGCGCCCUAAGUUGGGAGUGACCUGGAGUCGUGGCCCCUGUACUGGCAGACUCUCCUGUCACUUGCCAGCCUCAGCUGAUUGUUGUCCUGUAAUCUCUGCUCGCUGCCCUUUGCCCUCUGCAAGCACAGCAGACUGAGGCCGUGCCAACUGAAGCCAGCUGAGGAGGCAGAGUUGUAUUGGUCAUGCUAUGGUGACUCUCGGAAGGAAGGCUUCAGAGACAGCCGUGGGAAAUCUGAACUUAGAUGUACUGAUAGAUGUCAUCAAGAGAUCUGAGACAGGAGAACAGUGUUUUAUGGAAGCACAUUGACAGAACAGCACGGGGAGGGGCACUUUGCCCAAUAUGAGCUGUGCAUGGAGCUGACGCGUUUGGAGACAGGUUGUUUAUAUUGGAGCACAACUUUUAAAAUUGCAGAUUAAUUUAUAUAAUUGAGAUCAUUUGAGAAGAACAUUCUAGCAUUGAUAAGAAUUACAGAAUACAUUACACACACGAGGUCAGGAUGGAUGGAAGCACCGCUUUGUGAGCAGGUUUAUUCUUUGCGACAUGGUCUCGCUCUGUAGCUCAGCCUGCUCUUAGAAUUGCGACAGUCUUCCUCGCUUGGCCUCCCAAGUGCCAGGCUUUAUAAACAGGCAUGCUGACUUGAAAUUUGGUGAAGUCCAUUCUCAUUCUAACCAUGUGAACACACCGUACGUUCUUGCUUUGUCUGCAGACCUUCCCAUUUUUAACACCUUGUCUAAUGAAAGCCCUCAGGAAUCGCCCGGUGUACUUCUGGCCAAUCUUAGGGGCAGUUGUUUACCUGUCUAAUUGCUUUAUGGUGAAGUCAGAAGUUGCAUGAGUGGCUGCCUGCCUUCGGGAAUGUACAGAAAAGCAGAUUUGCUUAUGCUUCCGUGGCAGGUUCUGAGUUGGAACUCAGAUGUCAAGAGUGCACAGGGUAUUUGAAUGGUGCUGUUCCACGGUGCUUCCUCCUGUUGAGUUAUGUUUGACGGCACCAUGGCAACUAAGGACUGGUUUGUACAUGUUUAUACUGCUUGUUGGAGACAUUUCUUUACAGUCCUCUACAGUGUGUAUAUGUGGGUUUUGUUCUUUUUUAUUUUUUUACUUUGAAAUGACCUUUAAAAAAAUCCUUUUCUAGGCAAUGGAUUUUUUUUUUCAAAAAGUGUCAUCUUGUGGCAUAACUUGUACUUUGAGGCAAUAAAAAAAUAAUAUUUUAGGAGAUCAGGAGCUCUCUGAGCCCAGCCACAUGUAGUCCUUUGGUCAGAACGUGUGAUUGGGUCCUCGGUCUCUGUUUCAGUUUCCCUCCCUUGCUCUCUUGAGCUACAGUAGAACCCAUGACAUCCCAGGCAUCUGACUUGGUACUGACUGUGACAUACAUGGACAGGCAGUCCUGUAUGGAGGGCGUCAGAGCCUAGCAACGCACAGCGAAGACAUGGGUAGGUAUAAGAGAUGAUAGAAUACCCACAGGAAAGGCUUCCAGAAAGUAGAAAACCCUUUGUGGUGUCAGGAAGAGCCAUGUUGUCCAGUCCCCUUGCCCUGAGUUCUGUGGCCCAUGGUUUCCAGGAGGCAGGUGACCAUCUUCAGCCGUAAAGCCUCUAGACUAAAGUUUAGCCAGAACGGCACCCGUGGUCUCAAGCAGUUGAGCUGCAGCUGGCUUCUCUACUUCCCUUCCAGGACAUGGGGAGAAGCCCGUGGGGCACGUGGUGCUGCUGCUGAAUUACAGCUCCAAGGAGCUGGUGUAUCGAUGCCCAGCGGUGCACUUUGGCCUGGAGUUAGCCCCUCCGCCCGCUGACUCGCUGGCUUUGAGCUCUUCUCUAGGGAUGAGGGGGCUGCUUUUGUCAGCACUUGUCCCUUUAUUAUAGACAUAGCAGGUCCUGAAUGACCACUGUGGGGCCACUGGCCUUGUUUUCAGUCUUAGUGGACUACAGAGGUUUCCAAACCAGACUCAGUAGCGUGGCAGCCUGAGCAGCACAGAUCUUCCUGGAAGCAGUGUUCUGGCGCAUUUGCCAUUUUACCAAGGGGGCAUGUAGAGCACUCCAGCGUAGAGGCCCUUCAGCUCUGGGUGGGGCUGUUUAAAGUUACAACAGACCCAGAUCUUGUAGGUUGUCCUACUGAGGGGAGCGUGCCUUGCCCUUGAGAAAGCUGCUGCCUUCAGCCUGAGACUUGGCUGGAUGUUGGCUUAACUGAGUCAUGGUUGCAUACUUCUGAGAGAAUGUCUUUUUGUUAUUCCCCUUCACUUUCUAGAAUCAAAGUGAAUCCGA